AUGCCUGUGUUUGCAACUCCUCAUUACCUUGGCUCGAUGGAGCAGAGUGACCAUAUGUUGUUCAACAACGAGUUGAGCGGAGUGUUCCUCUCAGCAUUUACCGCGAUCAUCUGUGUUUCUUCAUAUAUUAUUUUGAAAGGAUACCGACGGACACCUCAACAGAGUCUCUCACGCAAUGUAUCCGCCCCUGUCUUACGAGAAUACCAACUGCCAAAGUCAAAAGACGACAGCAAAUAUCGAAGGCUAUAUUUUAAGCUUCACAACAUCGAGGAGCACCCUGAAGUAGCUACAGAAGGCCGAGAUCUCUUGAUAUCUUUGCUCUCGGAAGCAAUCACGAUUGCGCAACCGGAACGCCGACAGGAUAUCUUUGCCAUUGAGCAUUUCACGAAGGAGCAACUGUUCUCCCACGUCCACAAGGUCCAUGAAGCAGUCGGAGAGGAGUAUAAUCGGUAUGUUGAGGGUCGAGGAGCAGGUGAUGGGCGAUUGAUAGCUACGGACCGACAUCAGACCGCCAAGGUACUCAGGAAUUUGGCACCACUCAAGUUGGUGGAUGGUGCCUGGCUUGGUCGAAUUCACCAAGCUAUGACUCCAUUCAUUCUUCGACCGAUCACGAAACAAGCUUGGCAGGUACUUUCGGAAGAAUUGGGAGAUGGAAACCUUGAUCUCAACCACGUAUACCUCUACAAUAAGCUCUUGGGUGAGGUCGGGGUGCAUCUCCCAGCCCCUUACGAGCGAGACUUUAUCGAUCACUCCCAUGGCAUGGACAACGAAAACAUCUGGAGAGCCGCCGUGAUACAGCUGCUCAUUUCACUAUUUCCACAGGAGUUUCUACCAGAGAUACUGGGCUACAGCCUGCACUUCGAAGGCCUGAAUAUGGAGACCAUGGUCCUGUCUCGGGAGCUCCAAGAACUCAAACUCGAUGCUCAAUACUUUUUGCUACAUGUGUCGAUUGACAACGCUCAUUCCGGCCAUGCCAUGAUGGCGGCUCAUACAGUUGCGGAGUACAUGUCCCACGUCACAGAGAGAGAAACGCCGGCCGCGGCAUCGAGAACAUGGCGACGCAUCCAAGCCGGAUAUGCCCUAUCCGCCCAUCAGUCCAACAGCAUCAAAAAGGACCUUGGUACCACAUUGACACUCAGUAACCCCACCUCGGGUUUAUACGAUGCAGAGAUUGUACGCGUACUGGUGGCUAAAGCAGCCGUAGCUCGCAAGACGCACAGCGCGUGUCGUGCCCGGAUCGGUGGUAAGCCACUGGCACAUUGGCUUGACCCAGAGGUUCUCAAAUCAGAAGGCCGAACAGUCCAGGAGCUGAGUAAUGCGUAUCCCUGGAUUAUCAAGGGUCGUCCCCAGCAAAGCCGAUUGAUGCGGGAAGUUGCUCGUGGAGGGAAGAUGUUUGGAGCAUUUACUGUGAAAGAAACAAAGCUACUGGAGGACUGGAUUCUUUCACUGGGGCCGAACCAACAAGAAACAGACACGACGGAAAAUAUGUACUGGAACUUUACCAACAGGGACCAGGAAAGUCAGCAAAAUCUGUCCUUGUUGCAUCUGGCCCAGGCACACAAGUGCGACAAUCUACUGCAGCCAGACCGCCUCCUGUGGAACAACGAUGUGAAUAUUUGUGACAGGGUACUCGACUUGGACCUGUCCCAGCUAGAUUGGGCUAAGAUAUCCAGUCUCUGGUUUACCCAUGUAUCUCUGUUGGAAUGCUGGGUUGCGAUUCCAUCUCGAGCGGCCACGGAAAUCGGAGCCACCGUCAUCCGUAUUCUCCGGGCGCAGUUCAGCCUUAGCUGUGAAGAAGACGGCGUCUCUGGGAUGGACGAGAUCGAGCGAAGCAGUCCCCCCGAUCUGGUUGCCAUCGGUCUCGAGGUUUCGCGCCGCAAGGGCAUGAUUCCUCUUCCUACGUCACUGUCAGAUGUGUUGGUGCGGUGGCCCUGCCCAUCAGCAGAACGUUUGGUGAGCAUAUCACGACAUCCGGUGCAAAACUCUGAAGCCCUUCUCGGGAUGACUGCUGCCUUUCUUCAUCUGCAACGGGCAGUUCUACAGGCUCCGGGCUUCCUUUGCGACCAAAGCAGGACAGUCUUGGAUGGAAUCAUUGACCGUGAAACGCAAGGUCUCCAAGCUGGGUGUGAGUUGAUUGAAGGGGAAGAGAUGAAAAAGUCCAAGUUACGCAGUGGUUACCAGAUGGCCGAAGAAAUGAUUAGACAGGCCUUAACCAAGCCUACAUAG